GUCUUACUAAAAGCCUAACAUUCAGACGUGGAGUCACUUUUAAUUUGGCUCUCCGCUGACAGGUUUGCACGCGCGCCAUCGGAGAAAGUGACGGAAAUGUCGCCACUCAAGACAUCCACGGUGCCUACGAUCGUAGUCAUCUCAAUUGCACUAUUUGCUUCGCGAGUUUUCGUAGCAGGCCAAGCCAAGUCACCUCCAAAGUCAAUCAAGGACGCCUGCGCUCAGGAGAAGCCUAUAAUGUGGAAAAAUGGACUACGAUAUGUGGAACAGUUUCCCAGCAACGCACGACAAAGCGUGCUCAAGUGUCUUUCCACGACGGCUGCAGCAGCGAAGCAGCAAGACACCCAGAUGGACGCCUACCGGCUGGAAGCGCUCAAGGCGAUCCUGCCGAAAGGCACGCCUCCAAACAAGCUCGGCCCAAGCGCUUGCGAAAUCACCAUGCUGCCGCUGGACGGCACCAACGAGGUCGUGAAGAGAAAAGCGAUCGUAACGACCUGCAUGGAGAAAGAGCUCGAAACGAAGGGCUUUGACACACCUGGACUGGACAUCAAGGCAAUUCAAGCUAAGUGCCUCAAGUGCGCUUUUCCGAAACUGUCCGAAGCCGACGCAUUGACGCAGUACAAGGGCGUGGUGAAGAACUUCGAGAGCUACGAGGAAAAUGCCUUGCGCGUCACUUCAGAGCUCAAGGCUGCCAUGCGGUUCAUGUUAGACGAAGGCCCAACUAAGGAGAUGAACGAUGCCGCCCGCACCGUGUGUCUUAAAACCUUGGCCCCCGGAGUCACUUCCGACGAGUACAUGUCUCACGCCAUCGGCAUGUUCAAGAAGGGAGACCUGGAGACCAAGAAAAAGAUUGAUGCUUGCACGUACAAGAAUUCGCUCAAAGGAAAGUGGGUGCGUGCCAGGCAGACGAUGAUUCGGGAGUGUGCUCUCGAAGCCCAGAAGAAGCUGCCCGCGAACCUGAAGGGUGACCUGCAGUUUCUCUACGCCCUGCAUCUCAAUGCAACUGCCCUGGAAAUUUACCUGUCGUGCGCGGAACGCGAGGAAGACACUAUAGUGGACGGGCCCACGGAUGCCGGUGGUGUUGUGGACGUGUACUGCACCAACAACGGCAAGGCUCCCCGCAAGUGCCCCCAGUGCGCCUCCGAAGUGUACACCACCGUUGACGCAGCUAAAGUGGAGGCGACGGUUGACGCCUGCUACAGCAAGAAAGAAGCAGCACAUCCGUUAUACAAGCAAUACACUGCCUACUUGGGACAGACGAAGGGCAUUAUCGACGCCAGAACAAGAUGCAUGCAGCAGGUCGUCGGUGCCCAGGGCGCAGCGGCGCUACAAGGGAGCCAAGGUAGCAAGAAGAAAGCACCGGCGCGAGGCUGAACUGAUACUGGCUCGAGGAAAUAAAAUCAACUUGAAAAUGUGC